AGACCAGAACGAAAGAGGGGCUCUCCAGGAGUGACGCACGCGUUUCACGGUAAGCAGGCGAAAAAAUUAAUCUACGCUAUACAUAACACGUUACAUAACAACAAAGCCGUGCACGUGUCGUUCGACGGGGCAGCUGGAACGAGGUAAAAAAAGUCUGUUGAAGAAGGAUUGAGGCGACGAACGGUCCUCGAUUGAGAAAAAUGGGGGAAGAAAGGCUGGACCUAGACAAACCACUAUGGGAUCAGAGCUCGUUCGCGGGUAGAUGGAAACAUUUCGCUUGGGUGACUGACUUCCGAACCUGUACCGUUCCCGAGUCCGAGUUACUCAAAGCGAAGAAAUUAUGCGAGGACUAUAAACUUGGGAAGGAGCCAGCUGGUACAACCCGGGAGCAAAUCAUCUAUGCUAAGAAGCUUUACGAGUCGGCCUUUCAUCCCGACACGGGUGACCUGCAGAAUGUCUUCGGCAGAAUGUCCUUCCAAGUGCCAGGUGGAAUGGCUAUAACCGGUGCUAUGCUUCAGUUCUACAAGACAACCACGGCUGUGGUUUUCUGGCAAUGGGUGAAUCAGUCGUUCAACGCUCUAGUCAAUUACACGAACAGAAAUGCGAAUAGCCCGACGACGGAAUUUCAAUUAGGGGUGGCUUAUGCAAGCGCCACCACGGCGGCCAUGAUAACAGCAAUAGGAUGUAAAUCAUUUUGGGCGAAACGGGCCAAUCCACUUAUGGCGCGUUAUGUGCCGUUCGCCGCAGUCGCCGCGGCUAACUGCGUGAACAUUCCUCUGAUGAGGCAGAAUGAGAUCGGUAAAGGGAUCGAGAUCGCUGAUGAAAACGGCAACAAACUUACAAAAUCGAAGCUCGCGGCAGCCAAAGGUAUCAGUCAAGUAGUCAUCUCAAGGAUUAUUAUGUGCGCGCCCGGAAUGUUAAUUCUUCCACCCAUUAUGGAAAAACUGGAGAAGUACCAUUUCAUGCAGAGGAUCACACCUUUGCAUGGACCAAUACAAAUUUUAAUGGUCGGCUGUUUCCUGACAUUUAUGGUGCCCACAGCGUGUGCGCUAUUCCCACAAAAUUGCUCAAUUAAGUCAAGCACUCUGGAACGCUGGGAGCCCGAAAAUUAUGAGCUUCUGAAGAAGAACUGCGGAAACAGGGAUAUACCCGAGCAUUUAUAUUUUAACAAGGGUUUAUAAUGUACAAAAACUCUUAGUCGUGAUAAAAAAAAAUUUGAGGGGAUAGUUUCGGUCACCCCCUAUGUGUGGACGACACCGAAGUUCACGUAAUUUGUAGUUUUCUGCUGGUUCAGAGGAUGAAGCACGUUCCAUUGGGGAACACACGCAAUACCGGUUGACCGAUGACAAUACAUGCAUUUCGAGAAGUUUUUUAAUUCCGUUUAGGAAAAUAGAGGUAUAUUUUAUUUUUGAUCCUCGUUGUAUUACAGCACGCCACUUUGAUAUUUAAUUUGCAUUUCCAUCGCGAGUAAACUUGUAUCUCCUUCUGUAGUGAUUAACACUAUAAUCGUUGACUAUACAUACUGUUAAUUCGCGACAUCAUCAUACUCCCAUUCAGUUAAGUAAACAUACCAUUCGAUUAGUCAGGCGACGACUACGCAACUCUGGCCGUUAAAUUAUUAAUCGCUGGAGAUGCGUCUUAAGUCCUGAACGACUGUCCAUGUUCUAUUGUUAUUACUUCCCUGAACUGUUAAGUGAAACAAAAAAGUGCUGCCACGUAUAUUUUAGUAAUAUUACAAUAAACGCUGAAAAAGAUCAGUCUUUCUGUGAGUAAAUUAUUUCAUUCCCGGUCCGUAGUACAGUAACUGGCAAAAAGUGUUCAUCGUUUGAACAUUUCUCAAUGCCUGGAGAUUAUUGAACGCACUGAACGUAUACAUGAUUUUCAUGACAGUAGUUUAGGUUAACUCAAGACCUUUUGCCUGAGAUGGUAAGUUAAUAUUGUUAUAGACAUGGAAAAAAUGUUUAACACAGUACGUGGUCGUAUGUACAUGAAAGACUAUA